AUGCUGCGGCGUACUUUAUUUUGUUUGAAUCGCCCCAAGGGCCCACAAGGGCUUAGACCAGGAAAGGAGUACCGUCUCACUGUGCCUUACCGCAGUGAAGUAACGAUGAUGCGGCUCGCCAACCACCGUGGGUUUAAUUCAAACAUACGUGAACUCUUUAAGAAGCCACUUGUGCAGAAUAACAUUAAAGCGAUUCCACGUGAUUUGGGUGAAAUUCCACGCAAUUAUGUUUUAAAGUUAUUAUUUUUUCACCAACCCGUUAGACUAGUUGAUUUGUGGGCCGUUUGUAAAGAACAUGAUGAUGUCCCACUUGAUUCUGCCAAACAUCUACGACUGGUUUUAAAAAUAGCGAAAUUACAACGUUGGGUUUAUGCAGAAAAAAAUCAAACUAAUAAUCUUUACUACUAUUAUAUACAUCAGAGCCGUGUAAAGGAAGUGCAGGAGAUGGUUCGAGCAGAAGAAGUUCGAAAAAAAGAGCAGGAGUCCGUUGAGUAUAUGGAAGCUGAGAAACAGCGCCGUGAAGAGCAGGAACGGCGAAUGGCGGCACGUGAUGAGAAAAUUCAGGCUUUACAAGCCACACUUAUUUCAAAUGUGGCCCAAAUUCAACAGUUUGACCCUUCAUAUGUGCGAGAAAAGCCUUAUGUAACGGAGAGUGGGGCUUUAAAUGUAGCCUGGACUUGGGAAGGUAGUAGUGAUAAUGAUCAUAACGCCAGUACUAGUGAUAGCAAUACAAACAAGGUGUAG